UUUCAAGUACCUAAACGUUCAUGUUAAAAUGACUUUAUACUUUUUUGCAGUUACUCUAAACUCUGUCAUUAUGUUUCACUUUUUUAGACCUAAAGACACUAAAGUUUUCAUAUGAAACAUGGAAGUUUGUUUCAUUAACUCGCCUGUACAGCAGUUGGUUGGUUUCAGUUAAAAUUACUGGUAAAGAAUAAAGAAAUCCUGAUAAAUGUAUGUAAAGGUGUAGUUAACACUCGGCUCUUCUGCAGCGUUCUAGUUCUGCUCCGUUUUAUUUAUAUCUAUAAACCUUCAUACAUUAUAGAAGCUCUGAACGUGAAAACCUUCAGUUUCUUCUACCGCCGUGUUUGUUUUUUUUGUUCAGUUAAAUUUGGCGCAACAUUUGAAACGAAUCAUCUUCCUGUUGAACUCAGCUCCUCCCUGCUUGCUGGCUCAGCCAAUCACAGUCAGGGGGCGGGGCUGGAGGAUUUCCUGUCACUCUAUAUAAGAGCAGGUUCCCUCCGCUGCUGCUCACUCUGUGCUGUAAACUCAGAGAGAAAAAAUGCCCGAACCCGCCAAGUCUGCGCCCAAGAAGGGCUCCAAGAAAGCGGUCACCAAAACCGCCGGCAAAGGAGGCAAGAAGAAGAGAAGGACCAGGAAGGAGAGCUACGCCAUCUACGUGUACAAGGUGCUGAAGCAGGUCCAUCCCGACACCGGCAUCUCCUCCAAGGCCAUGAGCAUCAUGAACUCCUUCGUCAACGACAUCUUUGAGCGCAUCGCCUCCGAGGCUUCCCGUCUGGCUCACUACAACAAGCGAUCCACCAUCAGCUCCAGGGAGAUCCAGACCGCCGUGCGCCUCCUGCUGCCCGGUGAGCUGGCCAAGCACGCCGUGUCUGAGGGAACCAAGGCGGUCACCAAGUACACCAGCUCCAAGUAAACCAGCUGCUGCUGCUGCUGCUCGGUCACAACAACACAAAGGCUCUUUUAAGAGCCACAAACACACUGAAGAGCAACGAUCCUCGACUUUUGUCUCGUAUGGCUGAGAAAUAACUGUCUAAACUAUCUCCAGUUUUCAACAGUGGCCCUAAAAUUGUCUAGUUUUUAAUAUAAACAAGCUUAAUAAAACAUUAAGUGACAUGAAUAUAGAUCACAUUCCAGCCAUACUGUCUAGAUGUAGCAAAUUGUGUUGAAAUCACCUAGAGCAACAAAUGGCAUCAACAUGUUGCCUCUUUUUAUGAAGAUGCUUUGCUAAAUUUUAAUUGGACAUCUGAUGACCUGCGUUUUGUUUGGCAAAUAUUCUAUUGGAAAUAAAGCUUCAUAUAAUA